GAGCUGCCGGCCGCUCGCCAGCCCCGCCGCCUGCUCCCUGCUCCGGCCUCGCCGACCCACGCCACCACCAUGAGCCAGUCCUACUCCUCCAGCCAGCGGGUCUCUUCUUACCGCCGCACCUUCGGCGGCUCCCCGGUCUUCCCCCGUGCCUCCUUCGGGAGCAAGGGCAGCAGCGGGAGCUCCGUCACCUCCCGCGUCUACCAGGUGUCCCGCACCUCGGCCGUCCCCAGCCUGUCCAGCUUCCGCACCACCCGCGUGACACCCCUGCGCUCCUACCAAAGUGCCUACCAAGGUGCCGGCGAGCUGCUGGACUUCAGCCUGGCCGAUGCCAUGAACCAGGAGUUCCUUCAGACCCGCACCAAUGAGAAGGUGGAGCUGCAGGAGCUCAAUGACCGUUUUGCCAACUACAUUGAAAAGGUGAGGUUCUUGGAGCAGCAGAAUGCCCUCAUGGUGGCCGAGGUGAACCGCCUGCGGGGCAAGGAGCCCACCCGCGUGGCUGAGUUGUAUGAGGAGGAGCUGCGGGAGCUCCGGCGCCAGGUGGACCUGCUCACCAACCAGCGAGCUCGUGUGGAGGUCGAGCGCGACAACCUGCUCGAUGACCUGCAGAAGCUCAAGCAGAAGCUGCAAGAGGAGAUCCAGCUGAAGGAGGAGGCUGAGAACAACCUCGCUGCAUUCAGAGCUGAUGUGGACGCGGCCACACUGGCACGCAUUGACCUGGAAAGACGUAUCGAGUCCCUGCAGGAGGAGAUCGCCUUCCUCAAGAAGGUGCACGAAGAGGAAAUCCGGGAGCUGCAGGCACAGCUGCAGGAGCAGCACAUUCAGGUGGAGAUGGACAUCUCCAAGCCCGACUUGACGGCUGCGCUGCGGGACAUCCGUGCUCAGUAUGAGAGCAUUGCUGCCAAGAACAUCGCUGAGGCUGAGGAGUGGUACAAGUCCAAGGUGAACGACCUGACGCAGGCAGCCAACAAGAACAAUGAUGCACUGCGGCAAGCAAAACAGGAGAUGUUGGAGUAUCGGCACCAGAUCCAGUCUUACACCUGCGAGAUUGAUGCCCUCAAGGGCACGAACGACUCGCUGAUGCGCCAGAUGAGGGAGAUGGAGGAGCGCUUUGCAGGGGAGGCCGGUGGGUACCAGGACACCAUUGCCCGCCUGGAGGAGGAGAUCCGGCACCUGAAGGAUGAGAUGGCCCGGCAUCUGCGCGACUACCAGGACCUGCUCAAUGUCAAGAUGGCCUUGGAUGUAGAGAUCGCCACAUACCGCACGCUGGAGGGCGAGGAGAACCGGUGA